AUGGGGAGCGCUGGAAAAACAUUAAAUCGGGACACAUUCACACACCCUCACUCACACGCAACACACACACGCACGAGAGGAACGGCUACACACACAAGGAAAAUGGACGGAUCGACUAUUGUGUUCGUACUGAUCAUGAUGUGCUUGUUCAUGUACACCUUGAAGCGCAAGAACGCUAAGGAAGCACCUACGCGGACUGUGCGGAAUACCAAACCGGCGGCCACAGCCGCCACCGAGAAGCCCUCUUCAGAGCCAUUGCCAGUGGCAGAACCAGUGCCGGAACAACGCGUCACCCAGUCGGACGCUCACGAUGUUAGCCGCAAGAGGCCCGUCAAUAACGACAUGGUUGAGAUCGUGAUGACAAUGGCUCCGCACGUCCCCCAGCAGAAGGUCGUGCAAGAUCUCAGGAGCACAGGGUCCAUCGAGCGCACCAUGGAAAACAUCUUCGCCGGCAAACUAGAUUAG